GCAACAGAACUACUUGCCUUUUUUUCUACUCUGACAAAAGUCCAAAUGUUGUUAUGGAUGAGUAUUUAUCCGUGUGAAAAAUUCAUCUAUGCGGUACAUUUUAUGUUACUAUUUUAUGUUACAUUCAUCCAUGUGGGAUAUUUAUACAGAUUACCAAAAUAUCUAUGACAUAUUAAAUUACUUCUCUUUGUACCUUCAUAAAACCUAGGCUCUGAGUCUCUAGACACAUAUCUUGUAUUAUAUUCUAACUUGGGGCCUUUUAUUAUUUAUCAGUGACUGGUCAUCAGGCUCAGACUUUCUUGGUGGACGCAUUGCUAUGUUCUUUAUGGCUCGGCACAGAUCAGUGGCAGUUAAACACCAACACUUUCUAAUAAAACUGCAACAGACACCAUAAUCUAUUCUCCCUAGCAGUGAAAUACCUACGCAGUCUGUUGCACAAGACGGGGGUAUAGGUAUGCAUGUAAUAGUGACAGAGAGAGAUGGAGAUGAAGAGAGAGACAAAUUGAAAAAUGCCCUUUUUCAAUUAUAUUGCUCAUUUCUUGAAUUUUCAACAACACUUUUUUUCUAGUAUUAUUUCAGUUUCGGUGGAAGAGUGUUAACAGCUAAUGCUGGCAAACAGAAUUCAAAUAUUACCAUGAAUAGAGCUACCAACAAGAUAUCAGCUGAUUGUACAUAUGACUUUAAGAGUAAUGGUGACAGAAAUAUAGAAAGGCCUGAAGAUUGCCUGAUUUGUUAACAAAUAGGGAAUAAAAUUUGAGCUUGGUGGAUAUAAGAAUUGAAACUGUCUUAUGAUUCAGUGUGUGCCAUAUGCCCCACAUUAAAGCAAUAUGGUGACAUAUCAGGGAAAGGAAGCUUCAGUGGACAACCUUUCCACACAGAAGCAGCAUCAUUCCUCUGUUGCUAUAGAAACAGAACCCACCGUGGACACACAACACGUGUUCCAGUGAGCUUAUCAUAACAAGAAUACUGUGUUUUAUCCAUUUCUGUGCUUGAGAUGUGAAUGUACACCUGAUGCAGAAUAACAGUAUAACAGGGAUGAACUGUACAUAAGAACCAUAAAAUAGCAUUCCUCUGAAGAUUCAUGAAGUAAUGUUCAUUCUGCAUAUGAAUUCUUUUGAUAUUCACUAAAUAUCUAAGGUUUGUGGUGAGUAAUAUUUUCUAGGGAGUUUAUUUUAAAUACAUCUCCAGGCCAUUCUGCUUUAAUUGGCAAGUGUAUGCGCCAUUUUCAAUUCAAACAAAAAAUUUUUAAACGAAAGUACUAAAAUUGAUCUCUAACCAAACAAAACAAAAAAAGCUCAAAUCUAUGUUGAGCUGAGUAUUUUGUCAUGUACUGUAAAAAUAUACCUGCUAAAAUCCUAGUUAACACUGCAGAGUGUUUAUUUAGCACAGUGGACUUCAGGGACUGAACUGGCAAAAGAAGCUUUUUGCAUGUGAAAGAGCUACAUGAGAUUUCCCAUUGAGAUGAUGACAGCUGACCUGGUGAUAACAUUGAAAACUGCACAACAGUGCUGGGAAUGCAGAUCUGUGAACGGAGCGAAUCUGGGAAGAAUGCUAUGAAAUGCACUGCUUGGAAACUAAAGUAGUUGUGAAUACAAUCAUGAUGUGCAUAUGUAGAAAGAGUUCCUUAUCUCUGUGUGUAGAAACCAACAUACACUGUUCAAGUAAGCGUGAAGGUACCAGACCAGAGACAGAGGCAGACAGAUAAGAAUCGAACAGUGAGUGUAUUUAUGACAUCGAGCAUGAAGAAUUUGAAAGGCUAUUUAAGAUUUCAGCAUAUUUAAAUAUUAGCUAAUGUAAGAAAUCCAAAUUUCAUGAAUUGCAAUCAUAACAUUUUAGCUUUAAAAACAUACACUGAAAAUAGCAGAAAAUAGAGAACAGCAGACUGAAUAUCCUAAUUGCUUAAUUUUUAGUACACACAUGAUCAUCAGGCUGCUGGAAGUAAGUGAGACAAAUGUGGGUGAGUUGAAGAUUUUUGAAUAUGCUAUGCUAUUAUCCCAAUAUAAACAUCGCCUGAGUAAUCAAAUGAGCACAGAGUGCUCUUCUAUUCAUGGGGACUUUAAUGGCUUUAAUUCCCACAAAGCAAAACACUACUCAGGAGCACAUGUAACUAUAUGAAUGGAAUCAAGUGAAUAAAAACCAUGACAUCACAGCACCUGAUGGCAUGGCGAUAUUAUCGUCCAUUUUGGAACAGAUGCAUGGACUGACAGGUGUUUAAUGAGGCAAUACAAUACAGGGCAUUCAAAGAAGAACUGUGACAACCUUUGAGAGUAAAAUUAAUUCUAAAAUAAUAAAUUAUUUUAGAAAUGUUAGACAUCUUCAUGGACCCACCAGUUAUACAUUUGUGUUGCACAUUUUUAUUGCAUUCAAAAAUACUUCAAGUAAAAAUUCAGCAUUUAGUCAAGGAGUACUUUUCAAGAUACUAUUUAAUGUCUGUUUUCUCAUUCCUCAUGUACACAUAUGUACACACAAUGUGAGGUUGUUUGAGUCUUUCAUCAGCUGGUGGCGUGAACAUGACAGUGGAGUGAACAUGUACAUGCCUGUUUUAAAACAUUAGAUGGCUGGAUAUUGCUGAGAUAAUCCACUGAAAAGUGAUCCUCUCCUCACUGUUGCAGGCAGCUAAAUGUAUGUUCACAUUAGCCUUCAAAUAUUAUGAGUUUAGCCUGUCACUACAGCAACCCCAAAAGACUCUCAAUACUACAAUAUUCUUAAACAUUCCUACUAGACCAUGAACAGUUAACAGAGCACGCCUACAUACCCUGUUCACACAGCAAUAUUUAUUUAGCUUAAUAAAACGUCUGCCAAAUUCCACAAAACUGUUACAUUACACAGUCAGUAGUGAAAAAGUGUGGCUGGGGGGGGUGUGUAUGCUGUGCAUGUGUGUAUGCUGUGCAUGUGUGUAUGCUGUGGUAAAAGAGUGGUGGAGAAGCUGAAUCUGUCUCUUUAAGAACUGGUCCUUGGGCAGGUUGUGGUGUUGAGUAGGGAGGUGGAUCCCUGUCUGUCUUUAUUCUGCCUGAUUUUCCCAACAAGCAUUCUUAUCAACAAACCCUGCCUCACUACCAGCUUGCUCCUCUGCCAAUAUGUGUGAAUGAACUUGAUUGAGUUGGGUUGGGUUUACUCUCAGAGUUCUUCACUGUGUGUUUGUUUGUUUGUGUGUGUGUGUGUGUGUGUGCGCAUCACUUUAUCAUCACCUGAAGACUCCUGCACUUUUCUGAACCAACCUUCUCAAGCCAGCUUGCACUGCAUCAUGAUACAGAGGGUUACUCUGGCUUUACUUCUCUGGGGUGGUUGUGGUUGGCUCAUCUCAAACUGUGAAGGCCAAGACUUGUUUCCACCAACUACUGUUGCAAACUGCUCCUGUAAACUUGGCCAUGGGAAGUGUGCUGAAGAUGGCAACUGCAGAUGUGACCCAGGUUGGGGAGGGCCCUUUUGUGAGGACUGUGUGCGGAUGCCUGGCUGUGUCCACGGCUCCUGUCAUCAGCCAUGGCAGUGCACCUGUUUGGAUGGCUGGACAGGCCGAUUCUGUGACAAAGAUAUUCAUGUGUGUGAAAGUGAGAAGCCAUGUCAAAAUGGGGCCACUUGUUUUCUAAAUGAGGCGGGAGACUACAACUGUUUGUGUCCUGAAGGCUUCCAUGGAAAAAACUGUGAGUUAAAGUCCGGGCCAUGCCGUAAAAUCAAGUCCCCCUGUAAGAAUGGUGGCUUAUGUGAGGAUCUAGGUGGCUUUGCACCUGAGCUGUCUUGUCGAUGCCUAGUCGGCUUCACAGGACCUCGCUGUGAGACCAACAUGGAUGACUGCCUGAUGCGUCCCUGUGCGAAUGGUGCCACUUGUGUGGAUGGUGUGAACCGCUUUUCGUGCCUGUGCCCUGCUGGCUUCACUGGCCGUUUCUGCACUGUCAACCUGGAUGACUGUGCCAGUCAGCCAUGCCUCAAUGGAGGCCGCUGUAUAGACCGCGUCACCAACUUUCACUGCCUGUGUCCUGCUGGAUACACAGGUCGAACUUGUGAGGUUCCUUUGGGGGAAAAGGGGCUCCAAACCCAAGCACCACACAGGGACUCCUCUGGCUGGGGAGGAGGAAGGUUCCCAGAAAUCUCCAAACUACCCCAUAUUACUCCAAAUAAGCCACAUACCUACACCUCAGGAAACUACUCCCAUGGGGUUACAACCAGUGGGGAUAAGGGCCAUCUGUUGAAAAUUUCUGUAAAGGAGGUAGUGACUCAGAGUGCAGCAGCAGGACUCUCGGAGGAACAUUUUAUAAUCCUGCUGGUAUUAGGAGGCCUGACUCUGGCUGUGGUGGCACUUACAGCUGGCCUGGUGCUACGAGGACACUGGCAGAGUAUCUGUGUUUGCACUCAUUGUAGAGCACCGACCUCCAAACAACAUUCAUUCCAGCGAUGUCGCAUGCAGCAGCGCCACUUAGCUGCCACUCAGCAGGACUGCAAGAUAAGCUUCCUACACUCAUCUGCUCCACCUGAGCUUGAGAAGAAAAGACUAAACACAGAAGUCAUAUGAAGAUACAGGGAAAAAAACUGCUUGACUGCUCAUAAUAAAGAUGGGUCAUGUUUAAUGAAAAAGGGUCUCAUUUCUGUUUAUGACCUUAAUGACCCGGUCACAUAAGCUGUCAUUCAGGAGGAGAAGGAGCCGAUUAAAGUGCAGUUAAACUGAAAGAAUAAGAAACAAUCCACCACAGAAAGAAGAGCACUUGACUAACCAUCGUGGAAUAAAUGAUACCAUGAUGGAGCACACAGCACUGAAGAAGCAUUAAGACAAAAAUGUGUAGAAAAGACUUUAGGAAUGUUUUAUUACAACACAGUCUUCAGAAGGACUGCAGCGAAGAAAAGUACUGUACUAUUCCUAUUUUAUACAAAAAGACUUUUUUCCAUCCUACAAAAACAAAUCUAAGGGUGUUUUCACACUUGGACCGUUUCAGUGCGCCAAGUGGUCUCAGAUCGCUCAUUCAGCAUUUUUUGUACAUAUGUGAACACAACAAAUGAUUCCUCUAAAGUGACCCACAAGGGAACUGUACUGAGACCAUAUUCAGAGUGGUCUAAGUACAGUUUGUUUGUGGUUCAUUUUGUGGUCUCAAUCCACUUCACAUUUUGCUUUUGCAUCUGGCUAUUCGGUCUAAUCUGACUCAAUAAUCACAUUUGCUUCAGGGGGAUAAUAAAGAAGUAUACAGGAGCUAUUAGACUUCUCGCAGUCUUCAAAUGUAGAAGUUGUCUAUAUGGAGACAAUUGCCUUGUAAAUGAUAAUUGAAUAUUUGUGUUGUUUUAUAUAUGUGUAUAAUGUGAUUUUUGUACAAAUGUUGGAAGAGUUAUUAUGGCUCCAAGCACACUUUGCUGGAGCUUUCUUGUUCUUGUUUUGUGAUGGGGAGCUGUAAGGCCUGGAAAAACUGAAUUAGACAGGAAGGUGCAUUACCCCCACUAUUCAGGCAAGUAAGGGGACCUUGAUCAGUCUCAUAGUGGCCCUAUAGCACAGUGUUUUUUUUUUUUUUUAGUUUAUUUGUUUAUUUCGUAUAAUCUGACUGGAAGACAGUUUCACUCUAUUGGAUUUUAAAUUAAUUUGCAUAAUAUGCAAAACUUACCAGUGCACCUCUAGACCUCUAGACAUUUCCAAAUAAUGUGACCACCACAUGCCAAUUAAUCCUUCCAGGGUGGAGCUUGGUUAGCAUGGAUAUCGCCAAUUAUGUGCUGCAUUUGUCAACCAGGGUUACUAUAAUAUUCAAAUAACUGCUUCUCAGCAAUUGCUUGUUGAAGUAAGUUGACAAUUUGCAUGCUGGAUCUUUGUGCUUGUCUCUAAGGUUGUCAGGGAUUAUGUGAUAAAUGUAAAAACAUGACUGGUGUCAGUCAAAAUCAAAAUUCAGCUGGCUUUUAACAAGCUUACCAUUGACCAUGCUACAAGUAAUGUCUUCAUCAGAUUUGGAGUCUGUAUCUCUAGAGUCACCAAUGGGCUUGAGCUUACAUUUCUACUGUUAUUUCUGACCCGUUUAUUUAAUAUCAUUAUCAUUAUUUAAAAAAAAAAAAUCAAUCAACAUCUGAUUAAUUUUGUUCAGAUGACAAGCAGAUUAAGCUGAACAAAAAAUAUCAAAGGAUUUUUGAUAUUCACUACAAAUUUUGGAGCAAAGAUGCCAAAAAUAAAGGCCAUAUCUAUGCA